AUCUGUCGGACGGGUUAGAACGGUGCGUGCUCCCGUGCGGUUGCGUGCUUUUUCGUUAGCGUAAACAUCAGCUGUGUGUUUGUGUGCAUCUCUCUCUUUCUUUCUCUCUCUCUCUCUCUCUCUCUCUUUUUCUCUCUAUCAUUUUCGAGGCCACGAGUCUCUUGGAAGAAAUGACAGGAGCAAUCGAGAGAACGGUCGCGAUGCGUUUAUCGUUUUCGUGAGGGUGGAAGAAAAAGCUUACUCGUGAUAUUGUCAAGGAAGAAAAUAAGGCGGGCCGGAUAUAUUCUAUCUGUCAUCACCCGCCUCUUCAACUUUAACAAUAAGGCUCGAUCGGGAUAAUGAACGGAGGAAACCUAGGAAUACCUCGAGGACCCGAACAACAUCCGCAGAGAUUCGCCGAUUACUUCGUCAUAUGCGGUCUUGAUAAAGAUUCGGGUCUCGAACCAGACAAAUAUUUCGGAGAUUCUUUACAAUGCACACCAUUGGAUCGAGCAUACAAGAGCAAAGUUUUAGGACAUUAUCCAGAUUCGGUACCAUGGAACCCAUUCGACGAGCAUGCAGUUUGUAUGCUAUGUCUACCAAGUGGUUUGAGAUUUCGAACCCAGAAACAUUCGGUGGAGCCAACGUUUCAUUCAUUUGUCCUUACCAAAGAAGAUGGUCACAGAACUUAUGGUUUCAGUUUGGUAUUUUAUGAGGAAUGUCGUAAUCGUAAUAUAUGUGCUGCUAUGCAAACGUUGCAAGCGAUGCAUAUCACAGAAUUGAGCAGUGGUCAAAAUGGUACCCCCCCAACGGCAAGAAAGGGUCAAGAGGGAGGACACAACACCAGAUCGUUGCCACGUCAUUUUAAAUUGUCAGCUCAUUCACCAAGUGCAGCAUUAGCUUAUUACGAUUCAACCAAAGAUAAAUUAUUAGUGACCAAGUCAAUUUCUUUACUUUGCCAACAACCCUAUCUUCACGCGGCCAGAAUGUUCCUCACCAAUCUAUACAAAUGUGUUCCUAGGCAUCCGGGACCUGGCCUUAGUUUAGAAUCCUACGUGUACAAUCUUCUGUACAAUGUACCAGUACCGUUAGCUGGAAAAUCAUUGAAAUUUUUUAUACCAAACGAUGAACCAGCUAAAGCUCCAUUAGAAUUAGUGAUACAUCAGCCAAAACCAUCCCGAGAAUUACCUUUGUUGGAUUAUCCUUUGAAAGAUGUGUUUACCUGGCUAGGGGCUGACUGUGUUAUACAAUUGUUCACUUGUGUUCUAUUGGAAAAUCAAGUUUUACUCAGAAGCUCGGAUUUCAACAAACUCAUGGUCGUAUCCGAAUGUAUAACUGCCCUUUUGUUUCCAUUUUCUUGGCAACACGUUUACGUGCCCAUAUUGCCAGCCAGUUUACAUCAUUUCUUGGAUGCACCGGUCCCGUUUAUUAUGGGAUUGCAUGCACAAAGUGAAGGUGGUGUAUUAAAAAUUGCUAGCGAAGCAAAUCUUUGUUAUGUAGAUAUAGAUAAACAAAGUAGCCAAUUCCCGGAGGAGUUGCCGGUAUUUCCACAUAAGAUGCAAUUUAUUGCUGAAAUUAGAGCACUUUUAAAUAAGUACAAAGUACCACUAACGGGAAAGACUGAUAAUAUGCUCGUAAAUUAUGUCAAUGGUGACAUUAUGACUAGCAGCUUGACUCUUCCUGGUUCUGGUUUUCACCUUCCACGUAGAAAGCAUUCGUUACACGAUGUUUUAGAUUGGGACAGACCUGAUUCCACACAGCAAACGGAUGCCUUUCAACGUAUCGUUGACAUAGUUAAAAGAACGGGUGUAAAUGUAGAUGAUAUUGAUCCCAUGGAGGAUACCAGUGAUGAUAAAAUACUCACACCGCAAGAGGAAUAUCAAGAAACGUUAAUUUUUAAUAACGCCAUUAGGGAAAUUUUUUUGAAUCGUUUUGCACAAAUGUUUUGUUGUUAUGAACAUUUUGUUAUUCAACCUAAUCAAAAUAAAGAAGAAUGGUUGAAUAACAGAGACAGUAUGCAUGUGUUUGAUAAAGCUACCUUUUUAUCUGAUCAACCUGCCCAACAUCUACCAUUUUUAUCAAGAUUUUUAGAAACUCAAAUGUUUGCUUCCUUGGUAGAUAGCAAAGUUAUGUCAACUUGGAACGAACUUGAUUAUAAUAUCAAAGUUUUUGACGAUAGAAUUACAUUUUUAAGGAAAAAAGUUGGCGAAACUAUUAUAAGAUCGACGCGUUACGAAACUUGUACGAGCAUUUCUGAAACUGAAAAAGUAUUGGAACAGAGAUUAACCAACGUUGAUUUUGAAACCAAUCCGCCAAUCGAAAUUGUUCCACACAGAGCUGCGUAUUUUCGAAGUUUUCCUUUACUCGAUUCUGUAGCGUUAAAUAAAGAACCUGCUCAAAGUAUUCUUCGUAGUAGAAAAGGACAGACACAGUGGAAAUAUAAAAUGAAAUCAAUGGAAUCUAAUGGGAAAACGGUAGCACCACAAGAAUCUCAGUCACCAAGACCACAAACUAAACUCUCUGCUGAUAUGAGUCCAGCACUGAUAGCACAAGCUAAUUGGACUUUUGUUGAAAAAUUACUCAAGGAUUGUAAAUCUAAAACGAAAAGAAUGUUAGUUGAGAAAAUGGGUUCCGAAGCAUUUGCUUUAGGACACGCUAAAGAAUCUCUGUUUGGCGUAGAAGAAAAUACAUUAGUUGCUAGUCUAUGUGAUUUAUUAGAAAGGAUAUGGAGUCAUGGUUUACAAAAUAAACAAGGAAAAAGUGCACUAUGGUCACAUCUUACGACUUAUCAGGAAUCUGAGGAACGUAACGAUACUAAUAAAACUGAUCCCAACUUUCUUUCUCCUGUACCCAAGAAAUCAGUACCAAAUAAACUUUUUGGGUUACCGGAUCGUUUAAUCGCAACAUUAAAGAGCAGAAAUAUUUUUGUGAUUGCUUCAUAUAUCAAGGAGAAUUUGAAUGAUUUGUCAAAUCUGGCAUUAGAGACUGACGUAUCACCUACGAGAGUAACGGACAAGCACAAAUCUCCUGGAGAAAGAAGAGCAAGUGGACCGGAACAUUUACGUCCAUUACCUGAGUCAUUGAUUUUUGAUAUUAGAAAUGUUCAAGCUAUGACGGACAUUAAAACGCACAUUGGAUACGCCAGAGCAUGGGUUAGAUUAGCAUUGGAAAAAAAAUUAUUAUCCAGACAUUUAAAAACAUUGUUAUCCGAUACGGAACUUUUAAGGGGUCAAUAUAAAAGAUCAGCAUUUUUACGUUGCGAGGAAGAAAAGGAACAAUUUUUGUAUCAUUUAUUGACGUUAAACGCAGUUGAUUAUUUUUGUUUUACAAAUAAUUAUCCAACUACCAAAUUACCAUACAGAGUCGUCAUAUUUCCUAGUCGUAAAGCAAGCGCUGCUACAACAUCUGCUCAUAGUUGGAUCGCCAUUUCUGGCACGUUAUGCGAAACUAAUCCAGUACCGAUUCCUAAAAGUGCAUUAGAAUUUGUAUUUCAUCAUAAAAACUUAGGUGUCCUAUCAACUUUACGGAUAGGCCAUGACAAUACUGGUCCUUCACCUAGAUGGAUGGUUGAACACGUGGUGGUAAGAAACGAAGUGACUGGACAUACAUUUAAAUUUCCUUGCGGAAGAUGGCUUGGUAAAGGUAUCGAUGAUGGAUCUACGGAAAGAUUGUUAGUUGGUGCUUUAGUAUCACGUAGUAUUGAUAACGAAGAAUUGGUUGAAUCUUGUUCGACUCCUCCAAGAUGUAGAUCUCCAAGUAUACCAAGGAAACCUAUGUUAUCACUAGAUGAAUUACAAUAUAUUCUUGGAGAAGCUGUAAAUGCAAUAGUUAAAUAUCAUUACAUAAGAGAGUGCAAAGAUAAUUCAUUAACUGCCUUAAUUUGUGGCGAAGGUGGACUCGUACCUUCCUUAGAACAAAUCUUUUUAUUUGGUUUUAAAAGUCAAAGAAUAUUUGGUAAAAAUUUAUACGUUUGGGAUUAUUUCUUAAAAGUGAGACAAGACUUUGAGACGUCUUUGAUGGAUGAAAUGAACUCCUCGCAGAAAUUAUAUUGGAAUAGAAAAAUGCAAUCGGAUAAUGAUAUGAAUAUUAGAAUAUUGAGAGGUUAUUGUCAGCUUAUUGAUAAGAUUAAUAUAAUUAGUCAAAAUUUGGGAAAAGAUGGAAAGUUUCAAUUGUUCAUUUGUUUGGCGAUAAGGGAACAAUUGUUGCAACGUAUGCUGCGUCCAAUGAGCUUGGCAUAUUCCACCGCAGACAUGUACGAUGAGGUUUCGUUUUUAAGAAAUCCAUCUUUAUUGUCGUUCCUCAUACAUAUUCUUGAACCACUUACCGCUUUCCAUAUUGUCCUUGAAAAAAGUUUGACGUAUGGAAUCUCUAGUAUAUGUUAAUCUGUUAAUACAUUCCGUGUGCGUAUACUUUGGUCAAAAGCUUCAUCAAAAUGUGGUUAAUACCAAAAAUGCAAACACAAUGUUAUGCAUUCAUUUUAUACGUUGUUAAAGUCUCAAGACUUAUAGGGGAAAAAAAAGACCGGUUUUGUAUAUAGAAAAAAAAAAAAUAACCGGUGAAAUCCCUGUGAAGAAAUCAUUUGCUAAAUGUUGCAAAGAAUUUUAUUAUUACGAUAUAUAUAUAUAUAAAAACGGAAUAUUUAAUGAAAAAAAAAAAAAAAGAAAAACCAUUGAAGACUGUUACUGGUGAAUGUAAAAAUAGAAAUUUUUAGAUAAGAAAUUAUUAACAAGGGUUAUAUGUGUAUGAGAGAAAGAAAGAGAGAGAGAAUGUGAAAAUGGCGGAAUAAGAAAAUGACCGAAUGAGAAAAUGGCGGAAUAAGAAAAUGGCCGAAUGAGAAAAUGGCGGAAUAAGAAAAUGGCCGAAUGAGAAAAUGGCGGAAUAAGAAAAUGGCGGAAUGAAUGGAAAAACAAAAUUGUAUGACUCUUAUUAUGUAUAAAGUGUAAAAUUUAGCGAAAGGGUAAGCAUGAAUCUUUUUUUUCUUCUCUCAUGCUAUUUUCUCAAUGCUCGUACUAUUCAUGACAAGUGAUAAGCGUUUAUUAUUAUUAUUAUUUUUAUUAUUAUUCUUAUUAUUAUUAUUAUUAUCUAGUUUAACUUUUAGUAAGCUCCCUUUUAAAUCACAGUUAAAUUAUUAAAUGUGAGAAACAAGAACUUGAUAAAGUUUACUGUAAAAUCAUACAAAGUAUGGACGAAUUGUGUAAACCAAAGAUUUUUUUUAAAUCCUACUUAUAUUAAUUAAUAUUAUAAUAAUCAAUGCCGUGUUGUAUAUUUUCCUUGCCAUUUUAUUGAAACAUUUUAUUUUUUUAUUUUGUUAUUUUUUAAAGUACGUUUGUUUUCAUUUAAUGAAACCAUCAAAUGGUGUAAAAAAAAAAAAAAAGAAAGAAAGGAAGAAUAUUCGGGACGAUAUUUGUACAAUAUCUCGGGAAAAUACGUACAUAUAUAUAUUGGCGGAACCGGAAAGUAAUGUCGUUUUAUAUUUUAAUUAAAAAUUGAUCUAUUUUUAUCAGUCUGGUAUUAUAAAUUUUACAUACUAGGUGCAAAAAGGUUAUUGAUAACGAGAAAUGAUUAUUUAUUAUUAAUUUAAUAAUAAACAUUUGUUUAAAAGUUAUUCGUUUGAAUUUGAGGUUAGAAAGUGAUCUUACUUUUUGGUUCAUUUAAUAUAUAUUAAGUUAAUUAUAUUUUUGACAAAAAUUUCCAUGAGAUAUAUGAAUUAUGAUGCUCAUCAAAAUAAUCUUUCUCUAAAUAGAAAAAA